UGUUAUGUGGCAUGCCAACAAUAACUGUGACAAGCAAAGUGAAAUUAUUUCCAUUUUAAUGCAUAAAUUGUAAUUAAAUAGCAGCUAAGCCACCCACAUAAAUAUAAGUUAACUGUCAAAUAAGGAAGCCGAUACAGCAAUUACAAACAAUAAGAGCACAACCACAUCAUUGGCAUUUCAACGCAUUCACUCACAAAUCGGACCACGUGCCGUUCAGCGUCCUCAAAAAAGUGCUCAGCGGGCAAUACACUCCGGCCUUCCCACUUAAUUAUCCAACAGCAAAAUUACACACACACACACAUAUUUCGAAUUCAUACAGCAGCACGCAUUGACGCGCCUGCGUGCAACCAUCCACCAGCAGCGGUUCACACCACCAACCAACACUUAGCCGAACCAUCCAUUAAUUCACCCGGUGACACAGAUUCGACGCGUUUGUUUUGAUCAGCUGCUUCGAGUGGCGCGAACGGUUAACCUGACGCAGGCGUUACGCACCUUCACACAUCGCAACCGGCACGGGCCGGCAAGGUGCCGCUAAUCGUUUUUUUUCAUUUAUUUCUUUUUUCUCACUUUAUUCAAAAAUGUUGUGGCGUUUUAUUGCCGCUGUUGUGGUGGCGCUGUUUGGCUUGUGGCCCGCGCAGUUGGACGCUUAUAUUACUCAGUCAAUAGGCUGUCACCAUAAUGGUACUUGGUAUGCAGACAGAUCGCUCGUGCCCACCGUGGAGAAGUGUCUCACAUGCCAGUGCCAGAAGAAGACGCUCGUCUGCAGACUGAAGGUAUGUCCCGAAAUGCCAAUGCCACCGCCUAGAGGCUGCAUUGUGGUGCAACAGCGGAACGCCUGUUGUCCGUAUCUGUCGUGUGCGCGUCUCGAUGCAUUCUACAAGAUACCGGCAACGCGUCACAUAAUCGCUUACUUGGAUCACUACGAACGGGAGUCCAUUGAUCGCGUCGUUAAUGAUAAUAUGCUGCAGCGGCGCUCCGACGAUUCUGAGGUGGAUAUGUAUGUUUGCGUUAAGAACGGCACCGUCUACAAAUCCGGUUCAGCAAUGUCAUCGUCCAAUCUAUGUACCUACUGUUACUGCAUUGGUGGCACUGAGAAAUGCGUCAAACCGAAAUGCAUGUUACCCGUUGAAGGCUGCAAACCCAUAUUUGUCGAUUCCACUUGCUGUCCGGUGCGCUAUGAUUGCACCAGCAAGCCGUCUGGCAAAUCGUCACAAGAGGUACGCUACCGCAAGACGUCAAACAAGCAUUACCUUCGCAUGUCGCAGCGACUGCAGCGCAAUCGCGGCUGUACAGUGGAUAAACAGUUCUACGUGGAAGGACAGAAAAUGCGCUCAGAUCCUGACAAACCGUGUGACAUUUGCUUCUGCAUACGUGGUACGCGCCGUUGUGCGCCAAAGAAGUGCUCGACAGCGUUGAAGAAUUGCAUACCGGUGGUCCCGAAGGGGCAGUGUUGUCCAUCCAGUUACGAUUGUGGCAGUCAGCGCGCACAAAGCUCACGUCAAUUCAACUUAUUCUCAUUGCUCUUCGGCAAAGAGGAUGAGGCGAAUAGCACAAACAGAAUACCGGUUGAGUAUCCACCGGACAGGCACCCGUCAGUUACAGUGGCACAUAAUCAAAAUAUAUUGGAGAAGAACGAUGAGAAGAGCAUUUUGGACACUAUACGCGAGGGUUUGGAAAUCAUCGAUGGAAAUAAUGAUGAAGUCAUUGCAGAGAAUAUAGACAAAUUGGCGGCGCCUUUGACGAAAGUAUUUACUGAACCUGAGAUAAGUACGCAAGCAUCUACAGCGGAAAAGAAGCCUACGGAAGUGAGUUUACUAGAUCUAUUAUUGGGCACUGAUGACGAGACACCAUCAAAAGUGACUGAGGAAGUUCCGCCCGAGUUGAAAACAACUACGGCUUAUGAAGGCCUAUCUUGGGUGGAUAUUUUGCUAGGCCCAGAUGAAAACGAGAAGAAAUCAGUGAAAACAACAACUGGGGAGAGAAUAGGUACAACAACGAGCUAUCUUCCAGAGUCCACUAUGCCCAGUAUUGAUCGUAUUGAUCACGACUUUGAGGAUUUUUCAGGUAAUGGAGAAAUUAUUGUGGGCGACCCGCAAUCGAGUGAAUCGUUCGAGAAUCCACUUGCCGAAGAUCUUUUACGAAACAAAAAUAGCACUGAAGGUAAGGCUCAAGUGGUCUCACGCAAGCAGGAAUUAAGCAAUAAUUUGGAAAAUAAUGACUUCAAAAACGAUCAAGCUUUAAGAGAAGUUCAACAGACAGAAUUGAGCACUACCGCAAAAAUAACGAUCGCGACAACAAAAAAGCCGCAAACGACUGUGACUCCUUUGCGGACAACAACAACCGGUAGAACAACAAAUAGUCCGAGCUCGAAAGCCACCACAAGGCCUAGUACAAAAACCACUCAAAGCACAACCGCAUCUACGCCAAAGCCCACCCGCAAGCCAAUCGAGCUGAAGUUUGUACCUAAAUCCACAUACAAACCCAACGAAAAACUUCACAAAACCACCACUGCCCGACCACACAACACGACGCAGGUAGCAACGAGAGCUCCGCCGGAAAAGAAGAAAAACGGUCUACUGACUGCACUUUUGGAUGGCCUCACAGACAUGCUCAGCGCGGAAAAAGUCUUAAAUGGCACACAAGUUAAAACUCCCGCAAAAACAAAUGUUAAUACUACAAGCACAACACCGAAACCAUUAAAGGUGCCGAUAGCAGUACCGAGUUCUGAAUCAAAGCCAAUGCCUUCAUUCAAACCGCUGCCUACGGGCAAACCUAUACAUACGCGCAUCAAUUCGAAGAUCGCGAAUCUUACCGUGACGCCUGAAGUAAUAAAAAAAUCAAGUGUUGCACCAAAUUUAUCAGCUUUCAAACCAUUACCGGCGCAAGGCAUCAAAGUACCGAUAUCGGUGACGACUAGUAGAACACCUACAACCACCAAGGAGCCAAAAUCUGUGGACAAUACAAAUGCCACUACCGCUAAAACUUUAACGAUAACGACAACCACGACAACGCCCAAACCAAGCUCCACCACUAGAACAACAACAACGACGACGACAACAACAACGACCGGUGGAAGCACUACUAUUAUUCCCCCUAGCACUACACCUAAACCAGUGGAGAUCAAAACAAAUCCAACUAUCUUAGAGGCAGACCCUUUUGAUGCCAACGCCGAACCAACAUUGCCACCCAGUCUACCAAAUCUGAAAAUUAUUCCCUUCCUACCCACUGAUGCCGUUAAAGCUGAUAGAAAUAAGCCUCCCUACGAUUACUACCACAGUAAUGCUCCGACAGCCAAAAUCGAUUACGAUCAAUAUGAUGAAGGGAAUAGGUAUCCAGCCAUCACGGAGCCACAUUUCCCCAUUUAUCCGGAAAUCGAGGAUGGUAGCAAAGCUGAGUACAUCUACAAAUUCAACGUGGAAGGACCACUGCCACCAGUAAUGUCGUCAACUGCAGGUAAGUUGGAUGGCUCAAGCAGUGCAGCAGCUUCCUUCGUGAAGUACGAUUUUGUUGGAGCAAACGUGGAACAUAAAGGCUUUUCACCACCCACAAAAACUGAAGGCGGUUUUGUGCCCAAGAAUCCACUCGUGCUGAAUGAUGAUGAAGAGCAAGGUGGUGCGCUGCCCUACGUUGACGGUGGCUACCAAGUAACGAAACAUCUGAUUGAUAUAACUACAAGUGAUCCGGCCAGAGAGAACACAACGAAAGUAAUUGAAAUAACCACGCCUGAUCCAUUUAAGGAUGUCAUAAGAACUGAGCCGCCACCCGAUUUGACUUCUCUUAUAGAAGAUAAGGCCAACAUAUUGCUACAAAAUCCACUACAACAGCCUAUGAAAUUGUAUAAAGAUCCAGAGAAUCUGAGUCAAUCGCUGAUACAUAUUACGACAGCAGCACCGCAGUUUGCGAAUGCCGCAAAUGAUGCCCAUCCACCUAGUGUGCCGUUCCUGGCAGCAAAUGUGGAGCACGCAAUGAGGAAUAGUUCCAAACUGCCCACCGAAGAACACAAGAAUACCAUUGCGUCUUUCUUAGACUUACUGCUGGGUGGCGAGGAAGUAUUGUCUUCACCUUUCCCAGCCGAUAAUGCGGCCAUAAGCAUCAGUACUGUUCCACCAUUUAAAACAUUGCCGCAAGCAGCGGUUGAGCUAAUACCAAACAUUACGAGCACAUUCACAGUCACAAUGCCUACAACAGCAACCGCUGCUCCGUCAAAACACUUACAAAAAACAACCGCAAAGCCCAACUCUACUACCAUUAAUUUAAGCUCCCCGGACACAGUGUCUGCCGCGCCCUUUAAAUUAAAUGCGAAUGUAUCUAUUGCCGCCGCUUCAACUGUCUCCACCACAAGAACAAAGACUAGAACGAAGUCGCCCGUGUUGCAUAGAAAUAAUACAGCUGCAGCCACAUCUGUUGCAACAAGAAUAGCAUCGACAACGCGACCAAAAAGUACUCGGCCCAAAUUAAGUUCGUCACGGCGACAGACCACUAAAGCUUCAAAUAUAGCCACGACGUCAAUCCAAAAGCGCGCAAACAUCACAACAACCAUGCGUCAUCCCACAACAACAACCACAACCCAACCAAAACCGAAGCCUUUGCUGCGUUCACCUUUCGAUACGCUGCCCUUCAUGGACACCAGCUUCGAAGUGAAGCGCACCACCGAACGUACAUUUGUCGUUGGCCAACAUGCUGAUGGCGACUUCCUAGGCUUGCUGCAUUACAAAAACUCACUCAAUCAGUUCGAGGGACUUGAGCCGGCACGCGAAAGUUUUCCCCACAGCACACUAGCUCCCAGCAGUAGCGGCAGCAACACAAUGCCGCCAACAGCGGCGCCUACCAGUGUACCGCUGGUGCAACGAAACAUCGAACAAAUUAUUUCAGCGGCGCCACAGUCGUUAGAUGCGCCUGCAGCGUCAACGCCGCUUGAGAUGCAACAGAGUGCAUCCAACAAUCUAAUUGACUCGGCGGGCGUGCUCAAGUUGGCUGGCUGUAAUAUCUACGGGCGCAUGUACCGGGUCGGUCGUAUUAUAUUGGAGCUAUCCAGUCCUUGUUUGGAGUGCAAAUGCACUGAGGUGGGCGUCAAGUGUGGUCAAUUGGACUGUUAAUUAUUUUUGUAGGCGGGAGUAGUGUAUGUACUAUGUAGUACGACCGAAAGAAGUAAGAUUGAUUAAGUUUAGCCGCGCAUGCUUAGGGCGAGGGAAUUGUUUUCGUAUUCCAUGCGCCGUGCGUCACGAUGGUGUUCUAUUCUUAGCUUUAGUGUUGCUUAAGAGAGAAGGAUUAAAGCGUUAAGUUUUGCAUUAAUCAAUGGAAAGCGGGAAGAGCGAAUCCUAUUUUAAAGAGUAUUUCACUUUAAUAUUAAAUUUUGCGUAUUUAAGUUGUAAAUCAAAUAUAUUUAUGACGUUUAGUUAGAGUUAAGCGUAGUCUUAGAUGAUUUAGAGUAAUCGCAGGAUCUGCAAAGAAAUAAAUAUAAAUAAAUACCACAAAUACUUCUUACA